AUGAAUGGCUUUGAAAGAUUUGUUCAAGUUGGGCGUGUCAUUUUAUUAAAAAAUGGACCUCAAAAGGGUACGGUAGCUGCCAUUAUCGACAUCGUUGACAACAAAAGGGUAAUCGUUGACUGUGCUAGUCAAGAGUUCCCUCGUCAAAUCGUUCGUCUUGGCCAAGUUACCCUCACAUCGAUUGUCAUGGAUAUUCCCCGUGGUGCUACUACUGGAAUUGUUGCCAAGAAGUGGCAAGCGCAAAACAUUUCAGAUAAGUGGACUGCUACUGCCUGGGCUAAGAAGUUGCAGACUGUGAAGACUCGUAGCCAACUUGGAGACUUUGAGCGUUUUGCCGUUUUGCGUUACAAAAAGCAACGUCGCAAUCAAGUCGAGCGUGCUCUCGUCAGCGCUUAA